UGAGCUCUUCACAAAGAAGAACUUUCAAAAUGGCAGCGCCCUUAGUAUCGAGUAACUCUGUGUCGAAAAAAACGUUUAGAUACACAGUGUUAGGAAAUGUCUCCUGUGCUGUUAUAUUGAUUUGCUUAACUUAUAUCCCAUUAAAUGGAAAAUCGCAGAUUGAUAUUGUUUAUAAUCCGUUUACUGCCACUAAAUUUCUGUCGGCCUUAGUUUUGAUGCUGCAUUGUCUUUUGCAUUUUACCCUACCACAAAACAAUAAAGGCCAGAAGUUUCGACUAGGAUAUUUUAUUAAGGAUUUACUAAGAUGUGUACUUGUGUUUGCAUUAAGUGUUGUGUUCUUUUAUAUUGUGGCUGUUCUCUUUGGUGCAGCUUUUACAAGCCAAACAGCAGAAACGUUCCAUUUUGCGAUGAUGUUAUCUUCAACAGUAAUGGGACCACUGCUCAUACACCUGGAGACAAAUGCUGAUACAUGGUCUCGAGUACUGCUUUUUCAAAGCCCUGAACUUGGAACAGAAACAACAGUAUUUGUAAGCAGUAUCACCAGCUUGAUAGGAGCUUGGCUGGGAGCAUUUCCUAUACCCCUUGAUUGGGACAGACCAUGGCAGGCUUGGCCUAUUACCUGUGUUGUUGGCACACUGACUGGACAUUGUGUAGGGAUUAUUCUGGCAUCUAUUUACAUCAGCCUUCAGUUUUAUAAAGUGAACAAGUUCAAACUUACCUGAUGUAUUGAGGGACUGUAUGACAAAGUGAAAGGAUUUUUGGUGCAAAUGAAUUUAGUUAAAAUUCUGCUAACUUGUGUCUCAUUGGCUGUGUGGAGAUUCAUGAAUAUGCAAGUGCCAGUAGAAACUGAGGUAAUAUGUUUACUGACAAGAGGACUAAAUAAAACUACUGUUAUAGUGUUUGUGGCCUUUGAAUCACAUAAAAGUUGUUAUAAUGUGUAAUAAUUUGAAAAAUACCUAACUUUUGUAUAAACAAGUAACUUCACUGCCUAAA